AUGCUUGGUUCACGAUUUUGUUUCAAGAAUUCACGACUCACAAAUUCUGGACUAUGUUUUCCUCGUCGGAUAAAAACUUUUCAGCGGGGAACAAAUUUCUAUGGGUGUAGACAAACUAGGCUGGCCUCUACAACUACCGACGAAGUUACUGACAAUUCUAUAAAAGAACAAAUUGAUCCUACUGAUUUAAAAAGACUUGAACGACUUCGGAAUAUUGGUAUUAGUGCUCAUAUCGAUUCUGGAAAAACUACCUUAACAGAAAGAGUUUUAUAUUAUACUGGACGAAUUAAAUCGAUUCAUGAAGUACGCGGAAAAGAUGGUGAAGGUGCAAAAAUGGACAGCAUGGAAUUAGAGCGCGAACGCGGGAUCACCAUUCAAUCCGCAGCGACUUAUUGCAGUUGGAAGUGGGGAAGUAGAGGCGAUUAUAAUAUUAAUAUUAUUGAUACACCUGGACACGUCGAUUUCACUAUUGAAGUUGAACGUGCCCUUCGGGUCCUCGAUGGUGCUAUUUUAGUGUUGUGUGGUGUCUCGGGGGUCCAGAGUCAAACGAUUACUGUCGAUCGUCAAAUGCGUCGAUAUAAUGUUCCUCGACUUUCUUUUAUAAAUAAAUUGGAUCGUGUUGGUGCGAAUCCAUUCAAUAUCAUUGAUCAGGUACGACAAAAAUUGAAAAUUCCAGCUGCGGCUUUACAGAUUCCUAUCGGCGCCGAAGAUGCAUUUAAAGGCGUUGUUGACUUGAUUCGAUGGAAAGCAUUAUACAAUGAUGGAAAUCGAGGUGAAAACAUUAUCGAAAAAGAAAUUCCUGAAAACUUGAUCCCGUUCGCCACAGAGAAGAAACAAGAAUUGAUUGAAAAUCUCGCAGAUGUUGACGAUCAAAUUGCCGAUAUUUUUUUGAUGGAAGAAACUCCCACUCAAACGCAAAUAAUUGAUGCUAUUCGACGCGCCACAAUCGCAAAUAAAUUCACGCCUGUUUUUAUGGGAUCUGCGUUCAAGAAUACCGGGGUACAGCAUGUCCUUGAUGCUGUCUGCGCAUAUCUUCCCAAUCCGUCUGAAGUGCACAAUAUCGCUCUUGAUGUUCGACAAAAAGAAACGCCUGUUGAUCUUAUACCAUACUCGAAGAAUCCAUUUGUCGGUUUAGCAUUUAAAUUAGAGGAGGGAAAAUAUGGACAAUUGACAUACCUUCGGGUAUAUCAAGGGGCAUUAAAAAAGGGUUCUUUUGUUGUUAAUACAAAGACUUCAAAGAGGGUUAAAGUACCAAGACUUGUACGAAUGCAUUCUAAUGAAAUGGAGGAUGUCGAAGAAGUUGGAGCAGGUGAAAUAUGUGCCAUGUUUGGUAUUGAUUGCUCAUCAGGGGACACAUUUACUGAUGGUGCUUUAGAAUAUACAAUGACUUCAAUGUUCGUUCCUGAUCCAGUUAUUUCACUUGCUAUAACCCCAAAAGUCAAGGAGUCAGCUAAUUUCUCUAAAGCACUUAAUCGAUUUCAACGAGAAGAUCCAACUUUUCGUGUUUCAAUCGAUCCCGAAAGUAAGGAAACUAUAGUAUCGGGUAUGGGUGAACUUCAUUUGGACAUUUACGUUGAACGAAUGCGACGAGAAUAUAAUAUCGAAUGUGUCACUGGCAAGCCUCAAGUUGCAUUCAGAGAAACGAUCACAGCACCUGGUGGAAAUAUUCCUAGUCAAUAUAUUCCCGCUAUCGAAAAAGGUUUCCGUGAUGCUUUAGAAGCCGGAGCUUUAAUUGGUCAUCCCGUGAAUGGAGUAAGAUUUGUUCUUGAAGAUGGAGCAUUUCACGCGGUCGACUCUUCUGAACUCGCCUUUCGUCUUGCCGCUCAAUAUGCAUUCCGUGAAGCGUUUCAGAAAGCAAAACCCGUCAUUUUAGAACCAAUUAUGAAUGUAGAAGUCACAGCCCCGAUUGAAUUUCAAGGCACGGUGAUUGGAAACCUCAAUAAACGCAAGGGAACUAUAUUAGAUACUGAAGUCCAAGAGGAUCAUUUCAUUGCUACCGCUGAGGUUUCUCUUAAUAAUAUGUUUGGAUAUUCAUCAGAUCUGAGAGCCGCUACACAGGGAAAGGGGGAAUUUUCCAUGGAAUAUAAGAAACACGAGCCUGUUUUUCCCAAUAUUCAAGAAGAACUAAUAGCCGAAUAUAAAAAGAAAAGAACAGCGGAAAAGAAAUAA